UCAGAAAGAAGAACAAACAGAGUAUUCGCUCUCUGUUUUGCGUUCGCCGUGUCUGACUCUGAUCUUCUUGCUUCAUGGACAAGCGUGAGUGCAAGCUUUGCUUCAAAACCUUCGCUAAUGGCAGAGCUCUGGGAGGUCACAUGAGGUCUCACAUGAAGAAGCUUCCACUACCUUCCAAACCAGAGGAAUCUCGAUCACCUUCUCCUACCUUACUGAGUUUCGAGGCUGACCCGCCUUCUUCUUCUUCUUCUUCGUCUGAAGAUGAAGGAGACAACGGUCUGAGCUAUGGUGUAAGAGAGAAUCCAAAGAGAAGCCUUCGAGCUGUAGAUCCUGAGUUUUCGUUCGUUGUGGAUACUAAUGGCUCUGUGAUCCUCCAAGACAGAGAGAGCGAGACGGAGACCGAGUCAUCGAAGAAGACAACUCGAAAACGAUCCAAACGUGCUUGGAGACUCGGUAGUUUCGAUGGUGAUGAUUACUACAGUCACAAGAAAAUUCAGAAACAAGAAACCGUGGAAAUGCUCAAAUCGAACGAAUUGUGUAAGACCGAGUCGUGGAUUGCGGAGGCUGAACCGGCGAGUUCGAUCUCCGAUACGACCACCGAAGAAGACGUCGCCUACUGCCUUAUGAUGCUUUCUAGAGACAAAUGGAAGGGACAAAACGAUCUGAAAGACCAAGACGACGUCGCGGGGGAAGACGACGACGAAGAAGAAGACGAUGGUGAUGAAUCCGAGGGGGCUCUCAAACCGUCGAAAUCCAGAGUUCGUGGGAAGUACACGUGCGAGACUUGCAAGAAGGUGUUUCGAUCUUAUCAAGCACUUGGUGGUCACAGAGCUAGUCACAAGAAGAUCAAAGUGGAGCUCGAGAAUCAUAAUAAUGAUGGAGGCACAUCAUCUUCUUCAAUGAUCGAUAAGAAAAUUCACGAAUGCCCUAUCUGUUUCAGAGUGUUCUCUUCGGGUCAGGCUCUUGGAGGACACAAGAGGACCCAUCUCACUGGUUCUUCGACAUUACCGACUCGAGCUUCCACCAAAUUAGUUGAAAAUUUCAUAGACCUCAAUCUUCCUGCUCCAACCGAUGAAGACGAUGUCAGCAAGAUCGACAAUUCUGGAGUUUCAGAUGCAGAAUUCGUCCUCGAUCGCAUCAGACAGUGGAGAAGUUUCGGUGCGCUAGCACUUUGAUUUCUUCAAAGGUAAAAACUAAAAGUUUUGGUCAAAUUUUCUGUAUAAUUUUAUAUAACUUAUAUGCUCAGCUUUUUACUCUUUCUUUCCCGAAUUUUAACUUGUAAUUCGGUUCUCUUAAAUUACCAUGCUUUGUUUCUGUAACAAAUGACUUUUAGCAUCCAUUAAUGGAGGAACCCAACUAUUAUGCUUAGGGUUGUUAGUUAA